UAGGCAAGCAUGCCAAUGUUGUAGCUAUGAUUUCAGAAAUUAGUUCAAACCUAAAGUUUACAUGUCCUGAUAUUCUUCCUAAUGAAUCAGUUAUUAUGAUUUUUAUAAAUCAAUGUCUCCUAUAAUUAUUACUUACCUAGAUAUAGGCACUUAUAUACUUCAUUUUUUAAAUCCUGCAUGGUUGUUACUUUUGGUUAACAGUGCUUACAAUAAGUGUUUUAUUUUAUUAGUGCUCGAGUGUAAUGUUGUGUUUGUUUACGGUAAGUGUUGAUUUUAAUCUGAAUGUUUUUUGCUAUUUAAAUUUACUUAAAAUACCUCAAAAAUUUAUUAUGAAUGAAGUUAUUACACCGUUGACUUACUAACAAGUUUGUUCGUAAUCGCAGUCCGGGACAGGGGCGACAUCGCGCAAGUCGUCGAACGCCCACGCGAGCCAGCAGGCGCGGCUGGAGGCGCUGCUAGCCCGCACCAGCGCCGCGCUGCAGAACAACCUCAACAACAACGAGCCCGCGCCCGAGCUCCAGGCCAUGACUCCGCAGCAGAUACACAACUACUUCGUCACCAACUUCGACGAAGAACCCGUCGACGACAGCGACAAAUACAACCAAGAGUUCUUCCAGAACUCGAGCGCGUUCCCCAACAUCCCGCCCGUGGUGAACGCCAGCAAGGCCGACAUCGACCACAUGCUGGGCCAGUGGGACGUGGAGGGGCUGGCGGCGGGGAUGGGCCGCAUGGCCGUGGACGAGACUAGCUCGAGCAGCUCGGGGCCUGAGGAGACAUCGGCCGGGAGUUCCGAGGAGGCGGAUUUGUUUAUAAAGCCGCUGUCGAACAACGGCACGGUUGCGUCCACGAGCCAGGACGGGCGGGUGAAGCUGCUCGUGGCGGUGAGUCCGUCGAGCAGCAGCGCGCAGGUGGGCCCCUCCUCCCCCGCGCCCCCCGCUGCCGCCGCUGCCCCCGCCGCCCCCGCCGGCGCCUCGCUGCAGGUGCCUCGCGCCGCGCCCAUCACUCGCUCCACCAGCGAGAAGGUUCCCAGCCGCAGCGACAUGAUGAACGCCCUGCGCGCCCAGUGGACCCGCCACACCACCAAGUAAACUCGCACCACGCGCGCUUAGCUACUCUUAAUAGUGGACCCUCCUUGUUUGUUUAUACCUAAAGACCCACUACAGUACAUAAUAUACUUUAUAACAUAUUUGUGUAACUUUCGUAGUGUUUGUACGAAUACUAUCUGUUUAAGUAUUUAUAUUUGCGUACGAAAAGAAGAUGGACAGGCUUAAAACUAAAGUUGGAGUUAGACGUCUACUUACUUCUCGGUUAUAGUGCCACAAACUUAUCUGUUC